AUGAUUGAAGUUUCUUUCCAUCUCUCUCACAUUCCAAUUCUCUCUUUCCACCUCUCUCACAUUCCAAUUCUCUCUUUCCACCUCUCUCACAUUCCAAUUCUCUCUUUCCACCUCUCUCACAUUUCAAUUCUCUCUUUCCAUCUCUCUCACAUUCCAAUUCUCUCUUUCCACCUCUCUCACAUUUCAAUUCUCUUUCCACCUCUCUCACAUUUCAAUUCUCUCUUUCCACCUCUCUCACAUUCCAAUUCUCUCUUUCCACCUCUCUCACAUUUCAAUUAUCUCUUUCCACAUCUCUCACAUUUCAAUUCUCUCUUUCCACCUCUCUCACUCUUCAAUUCUCUUUCCAUCUCUCUCACAUUCCAAUUCUCUUUUCCACUUCUCUCACCUUUCCAAUUCUCUCUUUCCACCACCUCUCUCACAUUUCAAUUCUCUUUCCAUCUGUCUCACAUUUCAAUUCUCUCUUUCCAUCUCUCUCACAUUCACCUUCUCUCUUUCCACCUCUCUCUUUCCAAUUCUCUCUUUUCCACCUUCUCUCUCUUUCUUUCCACCUCUCUCUUUCCACCUCUCUCUCUUUUCCACCUUUCCUCUUUUCCACCUCUCUCUUUUCCAAUUCUCUCUUUCCACCUCUCUCUUUUCCAAUUCUCUCUUUCCACCUCUUCCUUUUUUCCACCUUUCACCUCUCUCUUUCCACCUCUCUCUCUUUCCACUCUCUCUUUCCACCUCUCUCUCUUUUCUCCUUUCUCUUCUCUCCACCUUCUUUCCUUUCCACCUCUUCUUUCUCUCUCUUUUCCACCUCUCUUCUUUCCACCUCUCUUCUUUCCACCUCUCUCUCUUUCUUUCCACCUUUCUGCCUUUCUUUUCCACCUCUCUUCUCUUUCCACCUCUUUCUCUUUCCACCUCUCUUUCCACCUCUCUCUUUCAUUUCUCUCUCUCUUUCCUCUCUUUCUUUUCCACCUCUCUCUUUUCCACCUCUCUCUCUUUUUACCCUCUCUUUUUUUCUUUCUCCACCUUUCACCUCUCUUUUCCACCUUUCUCCUUCAAUUUCUCUCUCUCUUUCUUUUCUCUUUCCAUUCUUCCACCACCUCUCUUUUCCACUUUCUCUCCUUUCCACUCUCUCUCUUUCCACCUCUCUCUUUCACCUCUCUCUUUCUUUCCAUCUCUUUCUCUUUUUCCACCUCUUUCUCUCUCUUUCCACCUCUCUCUUUUCCACUCUCUCUUUCUCUUUCCUCUCUCUUUCUCCACCCUCUUUUCUUUCCAUCUCUCUUCCACCUCUCUCUCUUUUCACUCUCUUCUCUCCACCUCUCUCUCUCUUUCUUUUUCUCUUUCUCUCUUUCUCACCUCCUCUUCUCUUUCUCCAUUUCCUCUCUUUCUUUCCACCUCUCUCUCUUUUCAAUUCUCUUUCUUUUCUCUCUUCUUUCCCCUCUCUUUUCCUUCUUUUUUCUUUCCACCUCUCUAGCUUUUCUCACUCUCUCUCCGUUUCCAACUCUCUCUCUCUUUCCACCUCUCUCUUUCCACCUCUCUCUCUCUUUCAAUCUUUCUCUUUUCCCAUCUCUCUCUUUCUUUUCUCUCUCUCUCUUUCCUCUCUCUCUCUUUUCCACCUCUCUCUUCUUUCCCUCCUCUUUCCACCUUCUCUUUCUCUCUCUUUCUCUCCUUUCUCUCUUUCUCUCUCUCUUUCCACUCUCUCUUUCCACCUCUUUCUCUUUCCACCUCUCUCUUUUUCCCUCUCUCUUUCCACCUCUCUCUUUCCAAUUCUUUUCUUCUUUCCUCUCUCCACCUCUCUCUCUCUUUCCUUCUCUCUCUCUCUUUCCACUCUCUCUUUCCUCUUUUUCUUUCUCUCUUUUCCACCUCUCUCUUUCUCUCUCUUUCUUUCCCUCUCUCUUUCUCAUUUCUUUCUUUCCUUUUCCACCUCUCUCUUUCCACCUCUCUCUCUUUCCCUCUCUCUUUCUCAUCUCUCUCUUCUUUUUCCACCUCUCUCUUUUCAAUCUCUCUCUUUCUUUCCACUUUCUCUCUCUUCUUUCUUUCUUUCUCUUUCCACUCUCUCUUUCCCUCUCUCUCUCUUUUCACUCUUUCUCUUCCACCUCUCUCUCUUUUUCCUCUCUCUUUCUCUUUUCUCUCUCUCCUUUUCCACCUCUCUCUUUUCUUUCUCUCUUUCUUUUCCACCUCCUUUUUCUCUCUCUCUUUCUUUCUCUUUUCUCUCUCUCUCUCUUUCUCUCUUUCUCCUCUCUCUUUCCACCUCUCUCUUUCUCCACCUCUCUCUUUUUCCACCUCUCUCUUUUUUCCACUCUCUCUUUUUCCACCUCUCUCUUUCCACCUCUCUCUCUUUCCAUCUCUCUUUCCACCUCUCUCUUUCCACCUCUCUCUCUUUUUCCAUCUCUUUUUUUUCCACCUCUCUCUUCUCUCCUUUCUCUCUUUCUUCCUCUCUCUUUCCACCUCUCUCUUUUCCACCCUCUCUCUCUUUCCACCUCUCUUUCUUUCCACCUCUCUCUCUCUUUCCUUCUCUUCUCUCUCUUUUUCUUUCUCUCUCUUUCCACCUCUCUCUUCCAUUUCUCUUCUCUCUCUUUCCCUCUCUCUCUUUUCACUCUCUCUCUUUCUCUCUCUCUCCAUUCUCUCUCUCUUUCCACCUCUCUCUCCUUUCCUCUUCUCUCUUUCUCUCUUUCUUUUUCCAACUCUCUCUCUCUCCCUCUCUCUCUCUCACUUUCUCUUCUCUCUUUCUCUUUUCCACUCUCUCUUUCCACUUUCUCUUUUUCCACCUCUCUCUUUCCACCUCUCUCUCUUUCCAUCUCUCUCUCUCUUUCCACCUCUCUCUUUCCUCUCUCUCUCUCUUUCUCUCUUCUUCCAUCUUUUCUUUCCUCUCUUUUCUCUUUUUUCUCUUUUUUUCCUCUCUCUUUCUCUCCUCUUUCUCUCUUUCUCUCUUUCCACCUCUUUCUUCCACUCCAUCUCCUCUCUCUUUUCACCUCUCUCUUUCUCUUCUCUCUCUCUCUCUUUUCCUCUCUCUUUCCACCUCUCUCUCUUCCCCUCUCUCUUUCCACCUCUCUCUCUUUCCACCUCUCUCUCUUUCUCUCUUUUCUCUUUCUCUUUCUCUCUCUUUUCUCUCUCUUUUUCCACCUCUCUUCUCUUUCCACCUCUCUUUUCCACCUCUCUCUCUCUUUCCACUCUCUCUUCUCUUUCUCCUCUCUCUCUCUUCUCUCUCUCUUUCUCUCUCUCUUCCACCUUUCUUUCUCCAUCUUCUCUCUCUCUCUCUUUCUCUCUCUUUUCAUCUCUCUUUCCACCUCUCUCUUUCUUUCUCUUUCUCUCUCUUUUUCUUUUCCACUUCUUUCUUUUCCCUCUCUCUUUCUCCUCUCUUUUCCUCUCUUUCUCUCUUUCCUCUCUCUCUUUUCUCUUUCUCUCUCUUUCCACCUCUCUCUUCUUUUCCACCUUCUCUCUUUUUUCCACCUCUCUCUUUCCACCUCUCUCUCUCUUUCCACUCUCUCUUUUCCACUCUUUCUUUCCUUUCUUCUUCUUUCCCUCUCUCUCUUUCUCUCUCUCUCUCUCUUCCACUCUCUCUCUUUCUUUCUUUUCUUCUUUCACCACCUCUCUCUUUUUCUCUCUCUCUCUCUCUUUUCCACUCUCUCUUUCUUCCACCUCUCUCUCUUUCCUCUCUCUCUCUCUCCACUCUCUUUUCCACCUUUCUCCUUUCUCUUCCACCUCUCUCUCUUUCCACCUCUCUCUCUUUUCACCUCUCUCUUUUCUUUCUCUCUCUCUCUUUCUUUCUCUCUCUUUCCACCUCUCUCUCUUUCCACUUCUCUCUUUCCACCUCUCUUUCCACCUCUCUCUCUUUCUUUCUCUCCAAACUCUUUUUCCUUUCCUUUCUCUCUCUCUCUCUCCUUUCCACCUCUCUUUUCUCUCUCUCUCUUUCCACCUCUUUUUCUCUCUUUCCACCUCUCUCUCUUUUCCACCUCUCUCUCUUCCACUCACCUUUCUCUCUCUCCAUCUCUCUCUCUCCUCUCUUUCUCUUUCCAUUCUCUUUCUCUCCUCUUUCCAUCUCUCUUUCUCCUCUCCCCUUUCUCUCUCUCUCUCUUUCCUCUCUCUUUUCUUCCUCUCUCUCUUUCCUCCUCUCUCUUUCCACCCUCUCUUCUUCCACCUCUCUCUCUUUCCACCUCUCUCUCUCUCUUUCCUUCCUCUUUCUUUCCACCUCUCUUUCCACACUCUCUUUUCCACCUCUCUCUUUCCACCUCUCUCUCUUUCCACCUCUCUCUUUUUCAUUCUCUCUUUCCACCUCUCUCUCUCUUUCCAAUUUCUUCUCUUUCCACCUCUCUUUUCCACCUUUCCACUCUCUCUCUUCCUUUCUUCUCUCUCUUUCCACCUCUCUCUUUCCUCCUCCUCUCUCUCUUUUUCCACUCUCUUCUCUUUUUCCAUCUCUCUUUUCUCCUCUUCUCUCUUUCUCUUUCCCUCUUUCUCUUCUUUUCCACCUCCACCUCUCUCUUUCCACCUCUCUUUCUUUUCCAAAUCUCUCUUUCUUCUCUCUUCUUUUCCACCUCUCUCUUUUCCCUCCUCUCUCUUUUUUUCUCUCUCUCCAUCUCUCUCUCUCUUUUCUCUCUCUCUCUCUCCACCUCUCUCUUUCUCUUUCCAAAAAUCUCUCUUCCCUCUCUCUUUCCACCUCUCUCUUUCCUCUCUCUCUCUCUCUUUCCACCUCUCUCUUUCCACCUCUCUCUUUCCACUCUCUCUUUCCACCUCCUCUCUUUCCACCUCUCUCUUCUUUCCUCUCUCUCUCCAGUCUCUUUCCUCAUCUCUCUCUCUUUCCACCUCUUCUUUCCACUCUCUCUUUCCAAUCUCUCUCCACUCUUCUUUUCUCACCUCUCCUAUUUUCCCAUCUCUCUCUCCCCUCUCUCUCUUUCCACCUCUCUCUUUCUUCCUUUCCAUUUCUCUCUCUUUCCACCUCUCUUUCUUUUCCUUUCUCCUUUCUCUCUCUCUCUCCUCUCUCUUUCUCUUCCACCUCUCUUUUCCACCUCUCUCUCUCUUUCUUUCUCUUCUUUCCACCUCUCUCUUUUCAAUUCUCUCUUUCUUUACUCUCUCUCUUUCUUCCUCCUCUCCAUCUCUCUCUCUCCUCUCUCUCUUUCCUUCCUCUUUUUCUCUCUUUUCCACCUCUCUCUCUCUUUCCUCUCUCUUUCCACCUCUCUCUCUUUCCACCUUUCUCUUUUCUCUCCUCUCUUUCCACCUCUCUCUCUUUCCACCUCUCUCCUUUUCCACCUCUCUCUCUCUUUCCAAUUCUCUCUCUUUCCACCUCUCUCUCCUCUCCAUUUCUCUCUUUCCACCUCUUUCUCUUUCCACCUCUCUCUCUUUCCACUUUCUCACCUCUCCCUUUCUCUCCCUUCUCUUUUCCACCUCUCUUCUUUUCACCUCUCUCUCUCUUUCCACCUCUCUCUCUUUCCACCUCUCUCUCUCUUUUUCACCUCUCUCUUUUUUCCCAUCUCUCUCUUCUCACCUUUCUUUCUUUUCCACCUCUCUCUCUUUCCUCUCUCUCUUUUCCACUCCACCUCUUUCUUCCUCUCUUCUCACCUUUUCUUUCCACCUCUCUCUCUUUCCAAUUCUCUCUUUCCCACCUCUCUCUUUUUCCACCUCUUCUCUCUUUUCCAUCUCUCUCUUUCCAAUCUUUUUCUCUCUCUCUCUCUCUCUUCCACCUUCAAUCUUUUUCCAUCCUCUCUCUCUCUCUCCCAUUCAACUUUCAAUUUUUCCACCUCUCUCUUUCCUUUCCACCUCUCUCUCUUUUCCAUCUCUCUCCUUUUUCCACCUCUCUCUUUCCACCUCUCUCUCUUUCCACUCUCUCUCUUUUCCACCUCUCUCUCUUUCCACCUCUCUCUCUCUCAUCCUUCUCUCUUUUUUCCCCUCUCUCUCUCUUUCUACCUCUCUCUUUCCACCUCUCUCUCUUUUCAUCUCUUUCUCUUUUCCACCUCUCUCUCUUUCCACCUCUCUCUCUUUCUCUUUCCUCCUUUCUCUCUCUUUUCACCUCUCUCUUUCCUCCUCUCUCUCUCCAAUUCUCUUUCUUUUUUCUCUCUCUCUUUUCCAUCCUCUCUCUCUCCUUUCUCUCUUUUCUCUCUCUUUCCACCUCUCUCUUUUUCCACCUCCUUCUUUUCCUCCUCUCUUUCUCUCUUUUUCCACCUUUCUCUUUCCACCUCUCUCUUUCCAUUUCUCUUUCCAUCUUUCUUCUCCCAUCUCUUCUUUCCACCUUUCUCUCUUUCCACCUUUCUUUUUCUUUCCAUUUCUCUCUUUUCACCUCUUUCUCUCUUUCCACCUUCUCUUUUCAUAUUUCCAAUUCUCUCUUUCUUUCCCUUUCUUUUCCACCUUCCACUUCUUUCCACCUCUCUCUUUUCCCUCUUUCUUUCCACAUCUCUUUCACAUUUCUUUCUUUCUCUCUCUUUCCACCUUCUCUCUUUCCAAAAUUCCAUCUUCUCACAUUUCCAAUUCUUUUUCUUUCCAUCUCUCUUAUUUUUUCAAUUCUCUCUUUCCACCUCUCUUUUCCACCUCUCUCUUUCCACCUCUCUCUUUUUAACCUUUUCUCUCUUUCCAUUCCACUCUUUCUUUCCUCCAUUCUCACAUUCCAAUCUCUCUUUUUCCUCCUUUCUCACUUUCCAACUCUUUUUCCAAAUCACAUUUCAAUUCUCUCUUUUUUCUCUCUUUUUUUUAUUUUUAUCUUUUACUUUUCCAAUCUCUCUCUUUUUCAAUUCUCUCUUUCCACCUCUCUCACAUUUCUUCUCUUUUCCAUCUCUCUCACUUUUUUUUUUCUCCACCUCUCUUUUUUCAACUCUCUUUUCCAUUCUCUCUCUUUUCAAUUCUCUCUUUUUUAUUUCUCUCUUCUCAUUUCAAUUCUCUCUUUCCAUUUCUCUCUCACAUUCUCUCUUCUCUCUUUCCUUUCUCUCUCACAUUCCCAUUUUCUUUCCAAAACUCUCUAAUUCCAACUCUCUCUUUUUCCAACUCUCUCUUUUCAAUUCUCUCCAAAAUCUCAUUCCAAUCUCUCUCUUUUCCUCCUCUCUCAUGUAUCAAUUCUCUUUUUCCAACUCUCUCACAUUUUCUCUCUCUCUUUCUAAUCUCUCAAAUUUCAAUUCUCUCUUUCCAUCUCUCUUUUGCCAUUCCAAUUCUCUCUUUCCACCUCUCUCACAUUUUUCAACUCUCUCCAUUCUCUCCUCUCAUUCCAACUCAAUCUUUUUCCUCUCUCUUUUCCAACUCUCUUUCUUUCCCCUCUCUCACAUUCCAAAAAAAAAACUCUCCCAUUCCAAUUCUUUUCCACCUCUCUCAUAA